AAAAAAAAAACAAGAUGGGGAGGAUUUCUUAUCUUCAAGGAUAUCUCAGUGCAAUGCUAGGGCCAAAAAGAAACAUAAUUGGGCAUUCUUUAUGAAGAAAGAAAACUCUUCAGAUGCAUCAGUUGCCCUGAUUGUGGGUAUAACUGGCCUGGCAGGAUUUAGCUUGGCUGAGGCUCUACAGAAGCCAACAACUCCAGGCAGGCCGUGGAAGGUGUAUGGCAUAGCGAGGCGUCCCUUGCCAAUAUGGUUUCCCGCUUUCUUGGUCGACGGUUUCAUAUCUCUUGAUGCCUUAGACUGUGCCGAUACAGCAAACAAACUCUCACCUGUGGCCCAUGAGAUCACCCACGUCUUCUGGGUUUCCAUGCAACACCAUGGAAAUGAAGAAGUAAACAUCUCCAUGAACUCCACCAUGCUAGCCAACGUGCUUAAUGCACUCAAAUCCACUGCCCCUUCAAGGCUCAGACAUGUCACUUUGCUAACCGGAACCAAACACUACAUGGGUCCGAUAUUUGACCCUUCACUUAGAGGCCAGCUUGUCCAUCAGGAGCCACCUUUCAAAGAGGACCUAGGCAGACUUCCCUACCCCAAUUUCUAUUAUGCCUUAGAAGACUUGGUUGCCUCCUAUUUGCCUUCCAUUACACACUCAGUUCAUCGCUCAUCAAUAAUAAUAGGUGCAUCUUCAAGAAGUCUGAAUAACACACUGCUUACUCUAUCUGUUUAUGCUACAAUUUGUCGAUACCAGGGGUUACCAUUUCGAUACCCUGGGAACAAAUAUACAUGGGAGCACUUCUGUGACGUGUCUGAUGCAAGGAUGCUAGCUGAGCAACAAAUAUGGGCAGCAGUGACUGAGGGGGCUAAGAAUCAAGCCUUCAAUUGCACAAACGGUGAUGUUUUUACGUGGAAGAGUUUAUGGGGAGUCCUGUGUGAGGUCUUUGAUGUUGAGUUUGUGGCCUUUGAAGAGAAUGAGGAGAAGUUUGAUUGGCUGGGGAUGAUAAAGGGUAAAGGCAAAGUGUGGGAUGAGAUUGUUGAGAAAUUCGGGCUGUUUGAGACUAAGAUGGAAGAUAUUACUUGUUUUGAAGCACUUAAUGUGGGUUUGCAUUUUGGGUUUCAACAUGUCUGUAGCAUGAACAAGAGUAGAGAAUCUGGGUUUCUAGGGUUUGCUGAUACACUAAAGAGUAUUCCAAUGUGGGUGGGGAGACUGAGGGACAUGAAAAUCAUACCAUGAAGAUGAUGUCCACUCCAAUCCAUGCUUAGCUUGUUUCUUCUCAAUGUAAGAAAAAUAAUACAAUAGUGUAACUAAUUAAUGAUGCAAUGGUUUUCAUUAAAUGCUAUUUUUUUUUCUCUAUUGA